UUGAUCUACAAUACACACAAACUAAACCCCAUGAUGCGAUUUUGAAAGCAGAGCCAUUCGUGUGGGACUAUUGAGGGUCCUUCCUCCUUACGCAUUACAUAACCAUUAACCACCCACGUUUUUAUUUUUUCAUCUUUUCUUUACUUCUCUCCCUCUCUAGUCUCUACUAAAACCCCCCCUUCCCCCUCUUCACUUCAUCACUUUCCCAUUAUUCCUACCCUCCCGUCACCCACACUCCGUCACUGCCACCAAAACACCAACAACUUUCUAUUCCUUAAACAAUGGUCGAGCCACCAAGCCCACAAUCAGAAACAUCAACAAACACAAACUCAACUUCGGCUUCUUCACCGUCCUCCUCGUCCUCGAAUUCUAAGAAACGAGGACGAGAUAGUAACAACGACAACAAUAACAAUAACAACAACAAUAAACACUCGGUGUAUAGAGGUGUCCGAAUGCGCACGUGGGGAAAAUGGGUGUCGGAAAUCCGCGAGCCGCGAAAGAAGAACCGAAUCUGGCUGGGCACGUUCGCCACCGCCGAGAUGGCGGCGCGUGCGCACGACGUGGCGGCGCUGACCAUCAAGGGCUCCUCCGCGAUCCUCAACUUCCCGGAACUGGCGGCCUCGCUGCCGCGGCCGGCCUCGAACGCCCCCCGCGACGUGCAGGCAGCCGCCGCCAAGGCCGCCUCCAUGGUGGCGGCCCCGCCGCGGACCCCUCCCUCGCCGGUGGCCACGCCGGAGGAGGAGCUCGGCGAGAUCGUGGAGCUGCCGGCGCUGGGAACGAGUUUCGACUCGGCAGAGCCGAGUCCCGAGUUCGUUUUCGUGGAGCCGGACGACGCGUGGCCCUACUCUCAGCCAUGGUAUCACAGCAUUUAUGACGGUGGGUACUUCAUCGGCGACAUGAACAUGGUUUCAAUGCAUGAGUCAGAAAAUAUGGUUCUUUCGUUGUGGCCUUAAACUUCACCCAAUUACACUAAACCUACCCAUUGCAGUACGGUUCUUCUCAUAUUUUCUGGCGGUGUGGUUACCCGACAAUCAUGUCUAUUAAGUAUGUAGUUAGAGUUUCAAUCUUUUAGGUUCAUGUGAAUGAAAUAAUAUAUUUAUUGAGAAAAGUUGUUCACUCACUUAAUAACUCCAUAGAUUAGUUUUUGCUUCUUUUUUUUUUUUUUUUUUAAUUGCAUAGUAACUAUUACUUAAGCUUUAGAUAUAUAUAUAUAUGCCCUUUUGCCAAUUUUUCUUUUCAAUGGCAAAAAUAUUUAUAUAAUUUUUCUUGUUUCUCAAGUAGCUAGCUACUAGCUACUUUGUGUUUGUUGACUUGGUUGGUCUUCUUUAUCUCUAUUUUUUGUUUUUGUUGUGAGAUUCAUGUAUACAAUGCUGGUAGGGGAACUGGUGAGGUGGUUUAUUAUUAUGAUGAUGUAAAUGAGGUGAAAGAUACGUGUAGAAAGCGGUUCUGAGCUUACAUUAUAUAGUUCUGCUUUUCAAGGACAAGAAUAAAGGUUAAAGGAAGAUUCUCUAUUGGA